AUGUGUGUGUGUUUUGUUACAGAGGCGGCAGCAGUUAAGUUUGAUAUACGGAACCAGUGCGGGUACACAGUCUGGGCGGCGGGAUUACCCGGAGGAGGGCAGCAGCUGACCCAGGGGCAGACAUGGACGGUUAAUUUGGCGGCGGGUACACAAUCAGCAAGAUUCUGGGGUCGAACCGGCUGCUCUUUCGAUGCUAGCGGCAAAGGAACCUGUCAAACCGGUGACUGCGGCGGCCAACUGAGCUGCACAGUCUCGGGAGCUGUUCCCGCCACGCUGGCCGAGUACACUCAGAGCGACCAGGACUAUUACGACGUGUCGCUAGUGGACGGCUUCAAUAUUCCUCUUUCCAUCAACCCUACCAAUGCACAGUGCACUGCCCCUGCAUGCAAAGCCGACGUGAACGCUGUGUGCCCUGCUGAAUUGAAGGUUGCCGGCGGAUGCAAGAGUGCCUGCGUUGCCUUUCAAACAGACCAGUAUUACUGCACUGGCAGCUAUACCAACAGCUGUCCUGCGACAAACUACUCAAUGAUAUUCAAGCAGCAGUGCCCUCAGGCCUACAGUUAUGCCAAGGACGAUACGGCAACAUUCGCUUUUCCCUCUGGUACAGACUACACUAUUGUAUUCUGUCCUUAGAUAUAUAUAGGAUUA